AAGGGGACAUUCCAUGAAAAUCAGACUUUUUCCGUGUUUAAGUGCUAUAAUCAGGUCCCCAGUGCUUCUACCAACCCAGAAAACAUGAAAAAUAGCAACCCUGUAACUUUGUUUUGGUAAGGCUCUCUCUGCAAGCAUGUGAAUAAAUAGGUCAUGCGGAUUUCGCUCCCCGCAUGACGUAGCUAAGGGAUCUCAUUAUAAUGAUACCGCCCCUGCAACUGCGCUAUCCAAUCAUGAUGCUAUCUCGAGUGAGAGUGACCGAGAGAAAGUAUGACUGACAGCACGCGUUUGUAUUCCAUCAAACACAAACAGGAGCCUACAAUCUUAUAACUUGUAGUUUUAAUAAUCUUUCUAAAGAUUGAAUUAACGUUCUAAAGGAUUAACGUUACCUUAGUGCAAGAGAGAGAGCGAGUGAGCGAACGAACGAGAGAGAGAGCAACGCGACGGUUCGCUUUCAAGUAAGUUAUGUUGUUUAAUAUGUUUCUCUGAAGUUUAUAUAAAUGAACACGAUGAUUAAUGCACUGUACGAGACAGAGUGAGUGAACAACACGUAUUCACUAUCAUACACAAUAAGUAAAUAUGUUGUUUAAUGUUUCUCUGAAGUUUCAAAUGAAUGAGGAGUUACAAAAUAGAUGAGAGACUGACAGAAACGCGAAUGUGUUCAAUAUGUGUGCACAAUAAACUUAAACAUGUCAUUUGAUCUGUUUCUCUGAAGUUUAAGCAUUAAACGUGUUGUUUUAUUACAGAUCAUUUAAAUGUGCUCGUGUGGUUUGGUCAAAAAGUAAACUUCUGAGUGUUUGUGGACGUGUAUUUUAUUGUAACAUGCUGAAAAUCAUUGUGCCUGUUUAAAACAAGUGCAGCAUGAUACCUAAAAGUCUUUAUUUUUAUUCCACAAUGUUCCCCAUCUGCUGAUAAACAUGUAUUUAGUAUGCAUAAAACAGAUAAUUGACUUUUUAAACUUGUUCAAAUAUAUAAUGCUUAACAUCGCUCACUAACUUCUUUCGUGAGAGAAUCUUCCUCGAUGCUUUGUCAGCUCUACAGCGGGAGCGCUUGAGACUCCGCCCACCUGAGCAGCUCGUUUGGAUUUAAAGGGAUACACACAAAACGGUGCAUUUUUGCUCAGACCCAUAAAGUGCCUAUUUUAACAUGCCACAAUAAAUUACCUAUAUGGUAUUUUGAGCUAAAACUUCACAUAUGUACUCAAGGGACAUCAAAGAUUUAUUUAAUAUCUUAAAAACGUCUUCUGGAAUGUCCCCUUUAAAUGGAUCUGUGUUGGCAAAUGGACCCACCUAUAAACUGAAUCAUGUGACCAGAUAUACUGAAUCCAUAUCCUGCACCGCCAGUAACACAGAGGGACAAAACAACUCCAGUCCUCAGAAGAUGAAUGUGUUGUAUCCUCCUGAGAUUAAGGAGUCUUCCUGCAAAUCAGAGCCUAUGGUCUGCGUUUGUAUCGUGGACUCAAACCCACCCAGUGAAGUCAAGUGGUUUGGUCCCUCAACAACUUUCCCCAGCUCUAGUGUUGAACAAAAUGGUUUUCUUACCAACUUUACCCUUCAGGGGUGGGAGGGUUUCCCCGACACUAUCCAAUGCUUUGCCAAUAACAGUGAGGGAAACUCUGUAAUAACUAUCCAAGUGCCUCAUCGUGGUAUGAUCAUAUAUAUUUUGGUUGCCACAGCUGCUGUUUUAGUUAUUUUAGUGAUCAUUUCAGUUUGUGUAGCCAAAAGACACUGUAGGCGCAGAGCUCAGGAACAAACAACCCCAAACUCUGGCUUAGAAAGCAAAGAAGAGAAAAACAUUUACACAAACAACCAAUACGAUGAUGAUUAUGAGAACUGGGGGUGUAACGACAGAGACCUGCAAUGUGGGCAAGAUGAAGAUGAAGCAGUCUAUGCUAACACAUAAAAAAAAUGAUUAACCUGUUUGUAUUAAUCAGAAAGGUAAAGUGCCUCACGCCAUUUAUUUCCUUGGCUAUUGAAUUUUUUGUGCAAUUAAUUUCUAAUAAGUUAGAAAAAUUCAAGUGUUUGUUUUUUAUUAAGGCAUAGCAUUGAGUUCCUUAAUUCUAUAUCAGUGUAGGUAGCACAACAUUUAUGGUUUGAGGGCAAACGUUUAAUUUCCUCUUCUUAUAAUAGUUUUGACCUUAACUACUGUUGAUUUAUUUAGCCUAUAUUUGAACUAUUUUUUAUAACUAAUACACAUUCGCUGCUGUGAUAGGCUGAUUUGGCUCUAAUGCUUGUAUGGUCUCUGAGCAGGUGCAAAACAAUUCUUGUAACUGAUAUGGAGGCAAAACAUUAUAUGAGUUAGUGUGUUGUUACAGAAGGAGUUAUAACAGUGUAUAAGAUGCUUUUUGGAAUAUUCUCAUAUCAUGCAGGAAAACCUGAAUCAUAGUCAGGUUUAGUAUAAUUUAUGAAAAUAAUGCAAGCUUGAAUCCACACUGUAUUCAAAUAUGGCACAUACCAAAUACUACACAAAUAUGUUCAAUAUUGCAAUAUUUUGUUGCUGUUAUGUUUAUGUAAUUGUGAACCAAAAACCAAUAAACCA